CCUCAAACUGCAAGGUUCUCCGCAGAGUCGACAAAAUGUUGAAGUUGGACACCAAAGGAGGAAUCAUCUGCUCCGGCAUUUUGUCCAUAGCCUUUGCUAUAACAUAUUUAGCCCUAAUGGACGACUAUUUCUGGAGACAUGGACUUUACGACUUGGGAAUACACAUUUCCUCUCUGCAAAUAUUGGGCAGUUUGGGCCUUAUAAUAGGGGUUAUUAAGGAAAAGUACAAAUUCUUUGUGCCGUGGAUGAUAACCACAGGAUUCUUCAUCUAUCUGAUGGUUUACUUGGGUAUUAUACUGUUAACCACAAAUGGGGAGUGGAUUUUCGUCCCGGCAAUGGUUGUGCCGAUUGCAGUUUACCUCGGCUGUGCUUUGUACUCGGUGCAAAAGGCCUUCGACAGGAUGCGUAAGGAAGAGCCGCCAGCAUAUUCCAAUUUGUCCGACAAAAAGGGGUUCAUUAAUCAUAUUUAAGAAAAUAGCUGUCAAAAUAAUAUUGUAAUCGAAAAAAAGAAUAGUUGCAAAAUACAAAUUUCUGAUAAGAUAAGACGAAAA